AUGGGUUGGUUCGGAUCCGCCGACAGCAGCACCGACCAGGCUGCCGCCUAUGACCAGGUCACCAACGCCCCUCACAAGGCUGAGCUCUCUCACGAGCUCAUCUCCGGCGCCGCUGCCUACGAGGCCGCCAAGGCAUACGAGAAACACUGCAGGGAGAACGGGAAGCCCGCGUCCCACGCUGAAGCCGUUGAGAUCUUCUCUGGUAUCGCAGGUGCCUUCGUUGACCGUAUGGUCGAGACCAAGGGCCUCGACUUCAUCGACAAGGAGAAGGCGAAG